GGCAGUAAUUUACAUUCCGGACUGAUCUCAUCUGCCUUUGAGCUGCCUCCAAGAAAGAGAAGCAUAUCUGCAGACAUACCUUAGCGAAGUAAUCAGAGAAUGCGCAAAUGGUGCGCCAACCACUUCUAACCUUUAAUUUAUAAACAAGGAAAGUGAAGGGACCCAACGCCAGCGGGAGAGUUAAAGAUCCGUGCCUGGAUCGGGCUGAGCUGAGCGAGCGGCUGCCCAGAGUACGCAGCAUCAUGGCCGAGCCAGACUACAUAGACGGGGAUUGUGACGAGCUCAUCAAGCCCAAAAAACUCAUAAACCCUGUGAAGACAUCCCGCAACCACCAGGACCUCCACCGAGAGCUCCUGAUGAACCAGAAACGGGGCCUGGCUCCGCAGAACAAGCCGGAGCUGCAGAAGGUGAUGGAGAAGAGGAAGAGGGACCAGGUGCUCAAACAGCAGAGGGAGGAGCAGGAGGCCCACAAGAAGAGGUCUGACCUCGAGAUCGAGCUCAUGAAGAGGCAGCAAAAGCUGGAGCAGCUUGAGCUGGAACAGCAGAAAGGCGAAGAGGAGCAGGAGAACACACCCGAGUUCGUCAAGAUGAAGGGCAACCUGAGGAGGACGAAGCAGGAGGAGGAGCCACAGGAACACACUCCUUAGAGACCGGGGGGUGGAGUCCACGGCACAUGUUGCUAUAGCCACGGCAGUCUGGUGGGAGUUCCUGGUGUUCCCGGUCCCUCGUGUCCCUUUAAGCAGCAAAGUGACUGACUGUGUAGCUAAAAAUGUCCCCUGCAGCUGAGAAGCUCACCAGUAUUCACCAGUUUACACCAGUAUAUGCUUAUCUCACCCACAACACUGGUACCAGUGGGAGGAGGAAUUUGCCACUGGUCAAAAGCAGACGGACCCCAAAAGAAGAGCGUCACCUUGACAAACAGAACUGAAAAGGGUUUUUUUACGCAAAGCUACUUUUAUUUUUCCACAUUAUGAAUGGAAACUCGGACACUGGAUGAACUCUUGAAGCCGCAAUCUUUUUGUACGCCAAAUUUAGUGCUGUUAUUUAUGCAUUUUUGUCAAUUUCCUGAAUUCAUAGAAGUGGAAUUUUCAGCUGAUCAGACUCUCUGUGUUUGUUUUAUCUUGAGAUGACACGUGUUCCCUGUUUUGUGGAAGUCAGAAGUGUUCACCUGAGUGGUUCACUUUGCUUGCUUUUUUUGUUUUAUAUUCUACAUUCCCUUUGAUACACCUGAUUUAAAUAAUAGCAGAAGCUUAGGUGUGACGUGUGUACUUUCCUUUAUACAUAUUUUGUUGUUUUUUAAAAAUAAAUUCAGAAUUAAGGAUUAACAAAUAUGGUACUCCAGCCAAUAUUUCUUUCCAAUGAAUGGAGCUUCGCUAAACUUGAACAGAUGGUGUGAGGACCGUUUUGUACAGUAUUUCAGUGAAAGGAACUCACCAAUCCAUGCAUAAUUCAGUCCUUAUGUGGACUCUUAUUUUUCUUACACAACUAAAAGCUUGUCUUAAUAAAGAUGAUUUUGCAAUGCUCAA